GUGAGAUCUCUGUCUCUCUACCUCCACCUGUGUGGACCGCCGCAUCGACAUCGACACUUCUAUAGAGUAAAAAUUGUUUUACAGGGAGGGAGAGAGAGAGAGAAAUCGAUUCCUGAGGAUUGGUCUUCCGGAGGAGGAAGGAUUUGAUGCGAUCAUUGUCUGAGCUCGAGUCGGAUUAUAUAUAGAGUCCCAGUCGUAUUUUGAUCAGAUGCUCAGCUCGUGUAUAUAUAUAAUAUAAAGUCCUAGUCGUCUCUUCAACUUUAUUAGAGACGAGAUACAAUGUUGAAAAGAUAUGGCUCGAGUGUGGUAUUGAAAAGACAUCGCUCUAGUGUGGAAUUGCUACCCCACGAUGUGGUAGAGCUCAUCCUCGAGAGGCUUCCUGUGAAGUCUCUGCUGAGAUUCAAGUCUGUAUCCAAGAAUUGGAAAUUGACAAUCGAGUCCCGACGGUUCCAUGAAGUACAGUUGAUCCGUCGUAGGCAGUCCCGAGGUCCAGAUGUCCUUUACGUGAUCUAUGAGAAUCAUCAACAAGAUGAAGAUCGAAGGAGGAGAAUUGUGUUGGGGUCUUCCAUAGUUUCUACGUUCCCUUCUCCGAACACCAUGGUUUGCCAUGGUAGUUGUGACGGUCUUAUAUGCGUCUUCUGUAUCCACACGCCGAAUAUCGUGGUGAAUCCAGCUACUAGAUGGCAGCAAAGUUUUCCUCGUUCUAGCGUUCAACAACUCCUGUAUACAAGAAAACUGCUUAGCUGGACAAAUCCUAAGCUUGGGUUCGGUAAAGACAAAUUCAGGGGCACAUACAAGCCGGUUUGGCUUUGUAAUUCAUUUGAAUUUGGCCUAGACAACGCCACUUCUUGCGAAGUUUUCGACUUUAGCACUAACGCUUGGAGGUACGUUCACCCUGCUUCUCCUUAUCGGAUAAAUGCUUUCCCUGAUCCUGUGUAUUUGGAUGGGUCACUUUAUUGGUUAACCGAGUGUGAAGAAACCAAGGUUUUAUCUUUUGAUCUUCACACCGAAACUUUUCAUGUCGUCUGUAAAGCUCCCUUUGCCCAUGUACCUGACCCUCGUGCCGUCAACAUGUAUCUGGAUAAUCGCUUGAGUGUAUCUAUGAAAAAACUGCCCACUCAAGAGAUAUGGUCGUUGGAAUCUUCAGGCGGCAACAAGACAUGGAAGAAAGUGUGUUGGUUAGACCUCACCAAAACUUAUUCUUGGUUUAAAGAACCCGAGUUUGCACUGUCACCAAUAGCAAUUCUGGAGAAGAACAAGCUGUUGCUUCAAGGUCGUGAUACACUGACGCACUGGUGAUAUAUGAUUUGCAUACCAAAUCUUAUGAUUUACUCUUCCAACCUACCGACGCCGUAGCUCCUGUUUAUUAUUUCCAAAGUUUGUUUUCUACUUUAUCAGAUUAAUUUGUCUUUGUUUUCUUUCUUUAAAUGAACCUUUGUAAUUUAACAUUGUGCUGAAUUCGAAAUCUUUGAUGGUUUGUUG